UUACAACUUAUAUUUGUAGUUGUAGGAUAUUUUAUAGUAAUAAUAGUAUAUAUAAUAUAAUACUUCUAUAAUAAAUUUAAGAAACAAAAUACAAAGCUGUCCGUCCCUUCCCUUCCCUUCCAAUUUCAACUUCAUUACACUCCCAAAAUCAACUGUGAUUCAAGAGAGUUAUCCGAAAAUCAAAACCUUCGUUUCUAGUCCAGAGUGAGCAUCAUCGUAUCAUCAUGGGAUUGGGAUCGGGAAACAAGCACCAAAAUGAAAGCCAAGCCUUCAAUCUCGGUUUUUCCCAAAACGGUUCCGCCUCCAAAUUAUAUGACGACGAUGGCCGUCUCAAGAGAACAGGGAGUGUGUGGACGGCAAGUGCUCACAUAAUAACGGCAGUAAUUGGUUCGGGAGUGCUGUCAUUGGCAUGGGCAACCGCACAACUUGGAUGGAUAGCUGGACCAAUUGUUAUGUUGCUAUUUUCCGUAGUCACUUAUUACACAUCUGUUCUCCUUGCCGACUGUUACCGCUCCGGCGACCCCAUAUCCGGGAAGCGUAAUUACACGUACAUGGACGCCGUUCAUGCUAAUCUGGGUGGUCUUCAAGUCAAAUUAUGUGGACUGGUUCAGUACGUAAACUUGUUUGGAGUCGCCAUCGGUUAUACAAUAGCUGCAUCUAUAAGUAUGACGGCUAUACAGAGGUCUAAUUGCUUCCAUGAGAAUGGAGAGAAGGGAAAGUGCGACAUAUCAGCAAACCCUUACAUGAUUAUCUUUGGGGUCGCAGAGAUAUUAUUUUCCCAAAUCCCAGACUUUGAUCAAAUUUGGUGGCUCUCCAUUGUGGCUGCAGUCAUGUCUUUCACCUAUUCCACUAUAGGUCUUGGUCUUGGAAUCGCUAAAGUUGCCAUAAACGGAAAAUUCAGGGGCAGUCUGACUGGUAUUAGCAUUGGCAUGGUCACACAAACUGAUAAGAUAUGGAGGAGCUUCCAAGCACUUGGUGACAUUGCUUUUGCUUAUUCUUACUCCAUGAUCCUAAUUGAAAUUCAGGACACUGUACGAUCACCACCAUCGGAAUCAAAGACAAUGAGGAAGGCUACACUAGUAAGUGUAGUAGUAACAACCUUAUUCUACUUGUUAUGUGGAUGCUUUGGCUAUGCAGCCUUUGGGGACUUGGCCCCCGGAAACCUCUUAACUGGGUUUGGCUUCUAUAACCCUUUUUGGCUGGUAGACAUCGCCAAUGCUGCCAUCGUGAUCCACCUUGUUGGUGCCUACCAAGUAUACUGCCAACCUCUUUUUGCCUUCAUCGAGAAAUUUGCCUCUGACACCUUUCCUGAUAGUGAUUUCAUCACCAAGGAAAUCCAAAUACCCCUUCCUGGAGGUUACAAGGCUUACAACCUAAAUCUGUUUAGGCUUGUUUGGAGGAGUAUAUUUGUGAUCAUCACCACCAUAAUCUCAAUGCUCUUACCCUUUUUCAAUGAUGUGGUGGGAUUUCUUGGAGCACUUGGGUUUUGGCCCUUGACUGUAUAUUACCCAGUGGAGAUGUACAUCUCCCAGAAAAAGAUAGCUAAAUGGAGUACGAAAUGGGUUUCCCUUCAGAUUCUUAGUGUUGCUUGUCUCAUCAUCACCAUUGCUGCUGCAGCUGGAUCCGUUGCUGGGGUGGUGUUUGAUCUCAAGUCUUAUAAGCCUUUCAAGACCACUUACUGAUUCUAUUUCAUCCAUGAUUAGGACUUGAAGGAGGCACCAAUGCCUUCUGACUGACUCUGUAAUUGCUUAAUUGCUAAUUGUAUUUAGAUUUAUGUUGUAUUACCUUUAUAAUUCACAUAGCUCUUCCCCUUUGUUAACUGCUAAUGCAAGUUUUCAAAUGGAAUUUGCAAUUGUUUCUGGAUUCCCCUCAACUGCUCGACCUUGUAUGCGACCCAACUUUAAAAUGAAAUUUAAAUUAUGCAAAACCAUAUAUAUUGUAGACACAAGCUCUACUUUGGGAGUUGAGAAACAAUGUACAUAUAUUUUAUCAA